AUGAACGCAGUCAAAUCUAAAACAGAAGACCACAUACAUCACUUGGCGUCCAUCCGGUCCAACGUGAGGGAGGUUGAUCCUCUAAAUAAUGGCGGCGACGUGGACUUGUUGAACCAGAUUGGUUAUAAGCAGGAAUUGAGAAGACACUACUCAACGGUGCAAGUGUUUGGUAUCGCAUUCUCAAUCAUGGGUUUGCUCCCCAGUAUAUCCUCGGUGCUUCUGACUGGGUUAGCGUCUGGUCCAGCUGGUUUAGUCUGGUCCUGGUUCAUUGGUGGUUUAUUCAUUCUCAGUGUCGGUACCUCAAUGUCGAUUUUGGGAAGCGCUAUUCCAACGAGUGGUGGUUUAUACUACUACACCAACUACUAUUGUCCCGACUCGAUCCGUGUCCCACUCAGUUUCUUGGUGGCUAGUGCCAACUCGCUUGGGUUGAUUGGAGGGUUAUGCAGUAUCAGUUAUGGGUUCGGGGUCGAGGUCUUGUCCGCCGUGUCUAUUGCACGAGACGGCGAUUUCGAAAUCACCAAUGCCAAGUGCUACGGAAUCUUUGCUGGAAGCAUCAUAUUGAACAUCCUUAUCGCUUGCUCCACCACCAAACAUGCAGCUAAGCUCCAAACGACAUCGAUCGUGGUGAAUGUGUUUUUGGUUGCUCUAUUCUUGAUUGCCGUUCCCGUUGGAUUCAAAAGUGAUUUCAACUCGGCCAGUUUUAUCUUUGGCAAUGUCCAAAACGCAAGAGAUUGGUCGUCGGGGUGGAGUGUGAUUAUGUCCAUGCAGACUGUUAUCUGGACCAUUGGUGCUUUUGACUCUGUGAUCCACAGUUCCGAAGAAUGCAAAAGUGCCCAGAAAUCCAUCCCUUGGGGUAUCUUGGGUUCGAUUGGUGCGUGUUGGGUAUUGGGCUGGGUCAUUGUCAUUGUGUGUGCCGCGUGUAUCAAGGAUGGCGACGUGUCACGGGUCUUGCAAUCAGAUACCGGCUCAGCGAUGGCUCAGAUCAUUUACGAUGCCUUGGGCAAGAGAUGGGCCGUUGCGUUUAUGUCCUUGAUUGCAAUGGGCCAGUACCUCAUGGCAAUCUCCAUCAUGAUUGCGCUAUCGAGACAAAUUUGGGCAUUUGCCAGAGACGAUGGUUUACCCGUGGUGUACAAGUGGGUCAAAGUUGUCAAUCCAACAAUCAAAGUGCCAAUCAGAGCCACGAUCUUUGCCGGCUGCAUGGGCUUAGUCUUGGGAUUAUUGGUGAUUAUCCCAGGAUCAGCUGGAGCUGGUGCAUUGUUCUCGCUUGCUGUCGCAUCCAACACCUUGGCUUUUGCUGUGCCUAUUCUACUUGUAUUGUUACCAUACGGUAGAAAAAAAUUCAUCCCUGGUCCAUUUUACUUUGGCAAGGCCUUGAGCACGAUGAUAAACACAAUUACGGUGUGCUGGUUAGCAUUUGUGUUUGUCUUGUGCAUGUUCCCAGACAGUAUCGCCGUGAAUAAGGAGUCCAUGAACUACACCGUGGUUAUAAACAUGGCGGUCUGGGUCUUGUCCUUGGUCUACUAUUUUGUUUGGGGCUACAAGUCCUACAGUGGGCCCAAAUCCAAUCUCGAUUCCCUGGACCUGGAAGACGGCAGUGUCCACCAUAUCGACGAGGUGUUUGCUGAAAAGGCAUAA